AUGUGGUCUCUGCUGCCAACUCCUCUCUGCCUGAUCACUGUAUUCCUGCUCUUAGAGGCGCCCAUGGCUGAAGUCUUUGUUUACGUGGUCUACAAGCAGAAUUCCACCUGCAUAGAUUUUAGAGCGUUGUCGGCAUGCCUGGGGCCUCCGGUCCCAAGAGAGGGCCUGAGGGGUUAUCUGAUUGAGGCAGCACCUGCAAACGCCUGUCACCCUAUCGGAGGACCACCAGCAGGCAGCAAUUCCUCGGCUGCCUUCAUCGCGCUCAUAAGUAGGUAUGACUGCCCGCUGGGGGUUAAGAUCCUUCAUGCUCAGCAGGCUGGCUAUCAAGCGGCUAUUGUCCACAACGUGAACUCAGAGACACUGGUGACAAUGGUGACUAAUGUUGAAGAAAUCAGGCAGAAGAUUGGAAUUCCUUCUGUCUUUACCGGGGAAUCAGCCUCCAAGAAGCUAAGAAGGGUUAUGGGCUCUGAAAAAGGCAUUCAUGUCACUCUAGUGGUACCUGAACAUUAUCAUAAUCCCUGCUGGAACAAUGCAAAGUUCUCCAUCGGGGACACUGCUAGGCACUACUGGGAUCUCCAGUUUGGAUAUUGCUCCAAACGCAUGAUUUCUCUUUUCAUCCAGGAGUUUGGCAUGGCAAUCGGCAUGAUCGGGUGCACCCUGCUGGUUGUGGGCUGCAUGAGAUGGUGCAGGAAGAGCCAGAAGAUAACGGCGAGCACGUUCAAAACGGGAGACAAGUAUGUUACAUGUGUGAUCUGCAUGGCCGAGUACGAAGAAGGAGACCAGCUGAAGAUCCUCCCUUGUUCCCAUGUCUAUCAUGGCACGUGCAUAGACUCGUGGCUUCUCAUCCAGCCCCAAUGUAAGACCUGUCCAAUUUGCAAACAGCAAGUGACUGUUGCCAGAUAG